AUGGCGCACCGUGCCGAGACGCGAGUCGGACUGCUGCGCUUGACUGGGUAUGAAGCCGUUGAUGUAGAUGCAGAUGUAGAUGUAGAUGUAGAUGUAGAUAGGAUAGGGAAGGGAGAGCAAGAGCAAGAGCAAGAGGUGCCACUGUCAUACCUCACCGCCCUCUCCUCAACAUCACCACCUCAACGCCCACCGUCUCCAGAAUUCUCAUUCUUCAACCUACCCCCACCGCUCUAUUGGUUUCCUCGCUUUCUAGCCCUGCCGCAAGAGCUCAGAGAGCGCGUCUACACCCACGCCCUCGCGAUCGAAAACGCCAUCCUACCGCACCUCUGCGAUCAAGCCAGCAGAACCGGCGAUCCGAAAUUCCACGACGACAACGGCGUUUUUCACAACUUCGUGGCUAAGCUUCUGGACCUCACGCGCGUCAGUAGGAAGAUCCGGAGCGAGAGCCUGCCUAUCUUCUACGAGCAGAAUACGUUUGCAGUGGGUCCGGAUACGCUCACGUACUUUGCGUUCUUGCAGCGCGUGGGGCGGUUCGACAGGGUAAGGGGCGUGGUGCUGCGGGUUGAAUUUCGGGGGGAGUCUCAUGCGGCGCGGGUGCUGAGGUGUGUGUACCAGACGGACGGAGAGAUUGAGAUGCACGAGGAACGGCGACACGAGUCCUCGAGGGGCAGGGGGUCUGCUUGCACGGCUGAAGAACUGAGAGCACACCCACGAUACCGCGUCGGUGGUGUCAGUGGGCUUAACCUCGCGCUCGUCCUGCGCAUGCUGAGCACCACCACAUCGCCUGACGCGAGCCGCAUCGUCCUCCCAGUGUCCAACCCCGCCACCUUCCGCGAACAUCCCGGCUUGCAUUGGUUUCAGUCUCUGGUGAAGGGGCUGGGCAUGGAGUUGCGUUUCGUAGUGCGCCCUGGGACGGCGCGUCUGACCGCCCAUAUGGCGGAGGUGAAGUGGCAGCGCCGAUUCCAAGGCCAGGAGUACGCAGGGAAGACGGUGGCUACGACUAGCGGUGUCGCUGACAGGCAGGUCUUGAAGCGCGCUCUGGACAUGUAUCCCGAUCUGGAGAUGCAACGGCCGAAUAAGACUUGCUACUACCGGCGACCGUGUCGUUCUCGUGGCGAGAUUACGUGGUACCACAUGCACACGCUGGGCGGGGGUCGGUGGUGA